AAAGGAACCGAAUCUCAACAUCUAAACAUAAGAGUUCAAAAGUAUAAGUUUUCGUAACUUUCACAGUUGGUGUUCGAUGUUAAAACCUGGGGAAUUUAAGAAUUGGUACAAUUUCUAUGCAUUGGACUUCGGUUUUUAUUAUGCUGCUAUGAAUGCAGUUACUGAAUGCGGCGGCCUGUUAAUUUUAUUGUGCAUUUGUUCGCGAGUUAAGGUUACUGCAGAGUUGUAAUGGGAAGUAAGACAGUGAUGCAAUCAAGACAGUCAGUGUGGACAUUUUAAUCAAUUUAUCAGUUACUGUCUUCGUUUACUGUGAGUAUUUUCAAAAUUUACUGGCAUUAUGAUAUCCGUGAAACGUUUGCUAAGGCGUCGAAUGAUUCUUUUGGGCUUCUAUUUUCUGUUUGGCUUUACAAAAUUUGCUUCACAUUAUUUCCUUGCACAUGAAUCCAGCUUUAUUCAUUCUAGUAAACAUACUGCAUUCAACAACAAAGCGUCCGAUCCAUCUGUUGAUCAAAUUAGCUUUGUGGACAGGAAGUUAAUGGAAUUCGAGUUAUUCGUCCACAUCCUUCGUUGAAUUGUACACCUCUUGCCAUCGAAAACUUUCCGAGAGACAUUUUUACACAAUCUCAACGGCAAUAUGGGGCUGUUAUAAUUCACCUUAUUGUUUCAAUAUAUAUGUUUGUUGGUCUAGCAAUACUGUGUGAUGAAUACUUCAUACCUUGUCUGGAAAGGAUUUGUGAAGUUCUACAUCUCCAACCUGAUGUUGCUGGGGCGACAUUUAUGGCUGCUGGUAGUUCUGCUCCUGAAUUGGCAACUACACUGGUGGGAGUAUUUAUUGCAAAGGAUGAUAUUGGUCUAGGAGCGGUUGUUGGCUCUGCUGAUUUCAAUAUUAUGCUGGUUAUCAGUGUCAGUGCAUUGUUUGCAAAGCAGGUGAUUUAUCUUAAUUGGUGGCCAUUAGUGCGUGAUUCAGCUGUUUACUUGUUAUCCAUUAUCCUCUUAGCAUUGGUAAUCUAUGAUGAAUUGAUUUAUUGGUAUGAAUCUGCAAUACUUAUCUUUGUCUAUGGUUUAUAUGUUCUAUUAAUGUAUUAUAAUCCACGUAUUGAUACAUUUUGGCGUAUAUGGUGUCGUGAACAUCCAACAUUUUGUCCACGUGCUAUGCAUACUGAUCAAGAGGAACAUGAUAUAAUACAACAACAUACUGGUGCAUUUGGACAUUCAAUUAUUGAAGAUAAAUCUUUAUUACCUUCAAGAGUUAUAAUUGAUGAUCAACAAGAGAUAAUUGUUAAAAGUAUUGGUACAAGUUAUAAACGAUUUGAAAGUGAAGAAGAUCCUUAUAUUCUAGAGAAGACAGCUUAUAUAACUGAGAAUAUUGAUGUCCAUGAUAUAACCGAUCAACAUCAUGAACAUUGUGAUGAUGGUAUACAAACAAAAAUAUGUUCAGGUGAUUCAAUUGAAUCUUGGUUUGAUACUUGUUUUGCACCACUUAAAUUACCUAGCCAUGAAGGUGUACGCGGUAAAAUUCGUUAUGCAUUCUAUAUCUUUAUAUGGCCAUUACGUUGUGCUUUAUGCAUAAGUAUACCAGAUGUACGUAAAACAAGAUGGAAACAGAUUCCAGCUUCACAUUGGUUAUCCUUCUUUAUGUCAUGUUUAUGGAUUGGUAUCUUCACUGUGGUUAUGAUGUGGAUGAUUACUGUUGUCGGUGUUACUCUUCAUAUACCGGAUACAAUAAUGGGCUUGACGUUUAUUGCAGCUGGUUCCUCUGUACCUGAUGCUAUCGCUUCAGUGCUUGUUGUUCGUGAAGGCGAAGGUGAUAUGGCUGUGUCAAAUGCUGUUGGAAGUAAUGUAUUCGACAUAUUGAUCUGUAUGGGAUUACCAUGGUUAAUGAAGUCAAUCUUUUCUCAAACACCUGUUGUCAUCUACUCAAGAGGAUUACUUUAUUCAACAUUGACAUUGUUCACAACAGUCAUCUAUUUAUUGGUAGCAACACAUAUCAAUCGUUGGCGACUAACUAAGCCGUAUGGAUAUGCACUAUUAAUCGGUUAUAUUAUUGUUCUCCUCUUCUGUAGUCUAUAUGAAUUAAAUUAUUUUGGCACAGUUCAUUUACCAUCAUGCCCAUUGAUUGAAUAAAAAAAGGCAAUACACACUUAAUGAUAUCAUUCUCAUAUCUGACUCAUUAGAAUUUUACUCCGAAUUUCCUCACUUUAUGCGAUUUGCAAAAAACAUACAGGUAGGUUAAAGGUUAUUAAUCACUUACUUUAUUUAUCAUAUACGACAUUGAAGUAUGAUAAUAUAAUGACAUAUUUCCGUUCAAUACUACUGUUCUCCUCUUAUUCAUUGCGGAAAAGAUUAUCUUUACUAAUAUUAUUGUUAUCCAUUGGUUUUUAGUGUUCGCUCCAUUCCCCCCCGCCCCCCUCCCCCCAUUCUACUUACACGCUCACACACACACACAUCAGUUAUCGGUUGUAUGAAGAGUAUUAUUGGGGUGCAUUUCCAUGUCUAAUCCUUUAUCCAAUCAGAUGUGUUAUUUCAUUUCUCUGUACUCCUCCACUCUUAAGUAUACUUUAUAACGAUAAUAUGCCUACACUUAAAUUUUAUUUCUCAUAGCAUUUUCGUACUGUUUAUGCUCAUCAUCAUCAUCAUCAUCAUCAAUAUUUCAAUUCAACAAGUAAAUAAAUAAUCAUUAUGUAUUAUUAAUUGAUAUGUGU